AUGUCCCCGUUUACAUUUGCCAAUUCCUCGCAGUCCGUGCCGGGCGAGAUCGAGCUUGCCGUGAGCUUCACUAUCAAAGCUGACCCGUCGACCGAUGUCUGGGAGAAACCGCCGUCCACACGCAGCUUCAACGCACCGAUUUUAUAUAGAUCCAUGCCCCUGCGAGCAUUCAAGCGGGCGCGCGUGUCAGUCAUGGCGGCAUGGGAGACGCUCUAUGACCAAGGCGGAUUGAUCUUGGUGAUUCAUCAGACGGACGGCGAGAGGAAGUGGAUCAAGGCGGGCAUCGAGUAUGUCCAAGGCAAGGCGCGACUCAGUGUGGUCGCGAAGGACCGGUGGUCGGACUGGAGUCUUGUCUCGAUUCCAUCGGGAGGCAGUACGGCGACAAUCGAGAUGGUCAGGGAGGAGGACGGUUCGCUGUGGGUGUACUGGAUCGAGGGCGUCCAAAGGGUUCCGCUGAGAGAGGUCACGUGGGCGUUCGAGCAGGCGGACAGCGCGCACUGCUGGAUCGGCACUUUCGCAGCCAGGCCGUCGUCACCUGCAGACGGCGGCCGGCUGGCAGUUGACUUUUGUCACCUGGUGGUGGAUGCGGAGUGA